AUGGUGGGAAAUGAAGAGAACCAAACAUUCUUAGACUUUCCUUAUGAUCUCUUACAACUUAUAGUUACCCAUCUUCCAUUAAAAGACAACAUCCGUGCUUCUACUGUCUCCAAAACAUGGCAACAAGCUUGUCUUUCCGUUAGAGUUCCAGAUACACCUCCUUGGCUCAUCUACUUUUCCAAAACAGAGGAGUCAUCAUGUGAACUCUAUGACCCAACAACGCAGAAAACGUACAGUCUUGAGUUUCCUGAGCUCUCUGGCUCUCGUGUUUGUCACUCAAAAGAAAGUUGGUUACUCAUGUACAAUCCCAACUCGUUUGAACUCUUCUUCUUCAAUCCGUUUACUCGUGAUCUCAUCCCCUUGCCACCUCUUUGGAUGGCUUAUGAUCAGAGAAUGUCUUUCUCUUGUGCUCCUACGUCAAGUAACUGUCUCUUGUUCACAGUCAGGGAUGUAAAUGUGGAUAACAACAUCACCGUCAAGACAUGUUGUCCUAAUGAUAAAGAGUGGAAGACAUUUGUGUUCAAGAAUCAGUUACCUGACAACAUCACUUUCGAGCAGAUUGUUUUUUCCAAUAGAGUCUUUUACUGCCUCACAAACACUGGCCACUUAUCGAUCUUUAACCCGUCUUUGAGCUCUUGGAACGUUCUUGGAGUACCUCUUAAACAUCAUGGAAGCAACGGAUGUUUCAUGACACAACACCAAGGAGAGAUUUUCCUCAUAUACAUGUACAGCCACAUGAACCCAACAGUGCUUAGACUUGACUCUACAAGCUGUGAGUGGACUGAGAGGAAGACACUGGGUGGCUUGACGAUCUACGCUAGUGCUUUGUGUUCUGAAGUUAGAGCUGAGCAGAAGCAGCCAAGUGGAAUAGAGAACUGUCUGUGUCUCUCUGUGUUCCAUGGAUUCAAGAGGACUUGUGUAUACUAUAAGGUUGAUGAAGAAGAGAGUGUAGUUUCCUUGAAGUGGAAAAAGUCUGAUCCUUAUGCUAAUAUUUGGAUCAUGCCAGCCCUAAAUGAUGUACUUAAUCAACUUCUCUAG